AUGGUGCCUUCAACAAAGAGUUUGAGUCCUCAAAAACUUGCAGCAGUGCUGCUUCUUUUAUGUGUCACAAUUUCAUCUUCGGUUCAUGCCAUCACAUAUUCUACCAAGUUAGAGCAACCACAAGUUUCUCCUCAACCAUACACUGAAAUCAAGUGUGGAUCAUGCCCUUGUGGAAGUCCCUGCGACGAGGAACUUCUGUCACCUCCUCCUCCACCUCCUUCGCCGCCGCCACUAUCAUUACCAGAGAUUUCCUCCCCACAAAUUUGUGAUGAAUCACCACCGCCGCCACCACCGCCACCUCCGCGACUGCGACCACCACCAUCACGACCUCCACCGACCCCACCGCCGCCGCCAAGAUUCAUAUAUGUAAUCGCUCCACCGGGUGAUGCAUAUGCAUACUAUUACUCUGCUGUUCAAAACAGAGUUGUGGGGUUGCUGGUUUUGGCUGGUCUGGGAGCACUAUCCGUCACCGUGUUAUUUGGUUGA